AUCAAAUUGUCACAUUUGAGCCUUCUCCUUUGCUCUUUUCUCUUCUUUAGAAAAAUUAUCACUAAAUCCAUAGAAAAAAACGACCUUUCACAUUAAUAAUUAAUACAUGUUCUAAUCAAACUUCAUUAUUAACGAAAAUGAUGCCCUUCGUUGUCUCACCAAACUGACAAAGGCGACCGUGUCUGAAUUUAGCCCAAUACAUGUUGGCUGUUGGAUUCCCCGACACACUUCUGUUUUGCAAAUCACAACUCAAAUAUCUCAUCUUGUAUCUCAAUUUUGUUAUUCCUGCCUACUUGUUCUGUAGUUGAAGGAAUAGAAGAAAGUAGAAACUUAUGGAAGAGUUAAGAUUAGACAAAUGGGGUUACGAAGUCAAUACUCGUUCUGAUUCUUGCCUUUCUGACAUCAACGCAUACUAUCAUCAGGUUCUUAGUUACGGGAGAGAAAGGCGUGUGAUAUUGGCAGCGGCAGAACAUGAUAAAGAUUGCGUUUUGGCUAACAUUUUGGCUGCUCAUUUCAUGGCUUCCAACGAUCCUUCUAAAGCUUCUGCUUAUCUUGACGCAGCCAAGUCUCGUCUUGAUGGAGCAACCCCAUAUGAGAAGGCGGUUUUCAGUGCCGUCAGCUGUUUGCUUUCUAAGGACAGAGACGAUGAUGUAGCUGUUGACUCGCACUUUAAGCUCCUGAAAGUUUUCCCAAGAGAUCUGGUUUCUCUGAAAAGGGCCCAAGUGCUCUGCUUCUACAUGGGUCGCCCUGAUCUGUCUUUGGCCUUUGUUGAACAGGUUCUACCAUAUAAUCAACUAGAAGACUAUGUAUAUGGUACGCUUGCUUUUUCUUUACUAGAGCUGGGACGAAUGGAAGAUGCUGAGAAAGCUGCAAAAAAAGGAUUUGAGAUCAGCAAGCAAGACGUCUGGGCUCAACAUGCUUUGUGUCAUGUUCUUCAAUAUGAAUGCCAUUUCCAAGAAGCAGUACAUUUCAUGGAAGAAUGCUCAUCCUCAUGGAGUUCUUGCUCAUCAUUCAUGUAUACACACAAUUGGUGGCAUGUCUCCCUUUGUUACUUGGAAGGUCAUUUUCCAAUGAGUAAAGUCCUAGAGGUUUAUGACAAUCAUAUCUGGAAGGAGUUGGAAAGAAUUGAUGCAACGCUUCCAGAGGUGUACCUCAAUGCCUUGGGUUUGUUGUUGCGGGUUCAUGUACAAGGCAAACUUGACAUCUUUGGGGACCGUCUGAGGAUCUUGGCAGCUUGUGUAAGAGAUGAAGCCAAUUGGUAUUUAGAGUGGCAUCUCGAUGUGUUGAUAUUAUGGGCAUUAGCUUUUACUGGAGAACUUUCUAAAGCAGAAGAUUUGCUCAAAGGCCUGAAGUCAAGAUUUUCUAUGAUGAUCAAGAAGAAACAAAAUAUAAUGCAGAUAGGAUUACAGCUUGCAGAAGCCCUAUAUGAAUACGGAAGGGGUAAUGACCAUAAAGCAUUGGAAUUACUUGGCCCAGAUUUUGAUGCCAAUUUCUGUAAGAUGAUUGGGGCUUCCGAUGAGCAGCUAGAUGUGUUUAAUGAAGUUUGGUACAUUAUGUUGCUAAAUACUGGACAAGCUGCUAAAGCCAUAGAAGUAAUUGAGAAGCGGAUUAAGAAGAGAGAAGGGGCCCCUUUCAUGUGGCGUCUUCUGGAAAGAGCUUAUCAGAUGACAAACAGUCAGAAAGCGGCAAUUGCUGGAGAAAAGGCCAUGGCUUUAGAAGCUGCCUAAUUCAAAUAGCCCACAACAUUAAUGUAGAGGUUGAAUCAUGUUCACCCUAUUCUGCCAGAAAAAUUAGUAAAUAAAUGGUACAUACUGGAUCCCUUUUUUCCAGCAUUUACUGUGACCACUACUUAUCAUGUAAUAAAUAUUUGUGUAAAUGCAACUUGGAGCUCAAUGGAAUUGUAUAAUUUUAUCAUUA